UAAAAAAUUGUGAAUCCAUCACAUUUCUUCUUUGAUCAAUUCUCCUUAGAAGCAGAAAAUGGCCACUUCUGUUAUGACAACUCUUCCCCAUUUCAGUGGGCUAAGACCCCAAGUCUCACCCGCCCCAGUACAAAGUCUGGUGGCAGUUCAACCAAUGAGGCAGAAGGGCAAGGGAGCUUUGGGGGCUCGCUGUGGCUUCAUUGGCUCACCCACAAACUUGAUUAUGGUGACAUCUACAAGCCUAAUGCUAUUUGCGGGAAGAUUUGGGUUGGCACCAUCGGCAAACAGGAAGUCGACAGCAGGAUUGAAGCUUGAAGUGAGGGAUUCAGGGCUGCAAACUGGAGACCCGGCCGGGUUCACACUGGCUGACACCUUGGCUUGUGGUUCUGUUGGUCACAUCAUUGGGGUUGGGGUUGUUCUUGGCCUCAAGAACAUUGGUGCUCUGUAAAAAUCUUUCUUACGUGUUUGAACCUAAUUAAUUAGUACACUUCUGUCUGCCAUUUUUAUUUGCUGAA